CUGAAAUCAGGACCUAGAGAGAGAAGAUGAAUCAACCCAAACCACAAAAGCUGAGAGGGACCACAGGCACCUUAGCUUAUUCCCCUCAAGUCCAGGUGCUAAGAAGGACUUCUGGAGACAGCCACCAAGUCACUGCUGUGAGAGUCUCGGGUUUUUGCCUUCCUUCCUCCGGCCAGCAGGCGUGCUCACAGUACAGCCAGCUCACCGUUGGCUUCAAGCAGCUGAGGGAACUUCAGUAGAGCAGCUUAGGUAAGAAUUUCAGCUUGGGAGCAGCAGGACUGCUGGAAAAUGAACAUCACUGUUGAAAGCACUGAUCCUGAGCUGCUUCUAAAUGCAGGAGAAAUCACACUUGGGAGAGAAAGUAGGAAGAAAAUGGCAGAUCAUGACAGGGAAGAAGAGAACAGGAACAUUUCAAAAGCUCUGUGUGCUCUGAUGAAUUUUGGAAAGGGAAAGAUCAAGGCUCACAUUAAAAAUCGAGACUAUAGUUUCACCAAACACGGGAUAGGAGAGGAUUUGGAAACCUCUUUCAAGAAUAUUUUGCCAACUAGAACCCUAGACUUUGAGCAAGAUAAAUCCUACUUUUUCAUCUUUGUAAAACCACAGAGUCCAGAUAUCUCUAGUGGGAAGCCUGCCACCAUCGCAACCAAUUUGUACAUGAGAAAUGGGGCAUCUUCCAUUGAAAUGAACUUUUAUGCUGCUCAAGAGUUCUUAGAAAAAAUGGAGGACGCAGGAGGAAGGUCACCUUCAGCAAGACCUUCAGAAAGGCCAGGUGAUGAGACACAAGAGGAAGUCCACGUGCAGGAGUUGGCUGCCGCUCUUUUUGAACAGUCAAAGGUUACAAAGAAGGAAAAAUUCUCUUUUAGCGAAUCCAAAAAUGUUGAAUAUAAAUCCUAUGAAACAAAAAAGGUGCUACAGCGUGUUAAAGAGAUUCUCCCUCAAACUGUUUCUGCCUUUGCCAACACUGACGGGGGAUAUUUGUUUAUUGGUUUGGAUGAAAAAAACCAGGAAAUAAUUGGUUUUGAAGCAAAGAAUUGCCAGCCUGAUUGGUUAAAGAGUGAAAUAGACAACUGCAUAGGACAGCUGCCUGUCGCUCACUUCUGUGAGAAGAAGAAGAAGAUCGAGUACACGUGCAAACUCAUCGAAGUCCAUGAUUCUGAAGCUACGUGUGCAUACGUGUGUGCGCUCAGAGUGGAGAGAUUCUGCUGCGCAGUGUUCACUGAAGAGCCGGAUUCCUGGCACGUGAAAGAUGGUUGUGUGAAAAGGUUUACCACAGAGGAAUGGGUCAAGCCAGGCUCAGGAAGGGGGACUGGCAAUUAGAAUACAUUUAGCUAAGGAAGUUGGAAAGGUUUCUCUUUGGAAUCUGAUACAAGAUCAUUAGUCCUGAUUAUUCCGUUACUGAUCCUUGAAGUCUGGCCUGCAUCUGUAACCUACCUGGGAGCCCAGAUCCCUCUCUCCCUGAUUUUACCUCAACUCCCUGUAUUCACUUGUAAAGAAAACCCUCCAUCCCCAACAUCUUCCCACUUGAGCUCCAUUUCAGGAGCAUGUCUUCCAGGAAUCCUCCAUUCAGUUUCACUCCUACCCUUCCCCAUGUUCCUUUCUUCUGAACCUUCUCUCCUCUCAGUCAUGUUAUUAGACAAUACUCGCCCUCUGGUUGAUGAUGUGAAAAGUGCUGUGCUGCUGUCUCAGGUCUUGCAAGAGAAAGCUGUCAGAUGAGGCCAGACUGGCACCAGCACACCGAGUCUGCAGAAUUCCUGGCAGCUGCUUCCGUCUUCCCCCAGGCUCACUGGUGCUUUGAGCCCACUCCGAGCUCUUGCUUUUCAUAACACUUUCAAUAAAUAGACUGAUAAACCAAUAAAAGCCUCAACAGUGUACACGCCAUAUACAGUCUUCUGUGUGAGAAUCUGUUGACAAAUUGGGACCCCAUUUAGACUUGAGAAAGCUUUGAUUUCAAAAAAAACAAACAUCGUAUGGAAAACCAUGGAACUACAAAGUUCCAACACCAGGGUCCAAAGACAAUGCUGCCUGAUUCCAAGGUCCGUGUCAGCCUCUGCACUUCUCUGACUCCCUGGCCAUCAGAAUGAGUGACACAUGCCUCAGGUUGAGAGAAAUCGUUUGAUGUAUGUUGAAUAGAAGGAAUAAACUUUCAUAUUUUAUAUCAA